GAACACCAAUACUCUCCAGGAAGCAACCUGGGACUCCUCCAUUGCCAUGACUUGGGAACUCUCGAUGAGGAAGGUCCACUUGCCAAGGGAGGGAGGCGGAUGCUCCCACAGCCACACUGUGAGUCUCUGGCACUAGCACGGCCUUCUCCCAGGCUUAGAGGAUGGGGAGAAUGAAUGCAGCAGCAGCAGCUCCUUCCCCUAUGCUGUGAGGGUGAGAAAGAAGAGCUGCCACAUAUGGAGCACCAUGGGGAGCCUGCCCAGUGCAGGCAUUUGGCCCAGGACUCCCAGCAACUGGGUGCCACCCUGAGCAUCCUCAAGCCGAGCUGCCUGUCCCCAAAUGGUCACGUCCUCAGACGUCACCCUUCAGCACCUGCCUGAAGCAAACUGACUCCCAGGGCUGUGUUGUGAGCCAGCCUGCCUUCCCUCUUGGACAUUUGGCUUUUACAUGGAGCGAAACUGAGCAAAAAUGUCUCUGCACAGGCAUUCGUUUGGUGCCAGGAGGGAAGCAACCUCCAUUUGGACCAAACAGCAAAGUAAUGGUGCAAGCAGCCUGGAGAGGCUAGACACCCAUCCUGAAUUCUUCAGUACUUAUGGAGCCAAAUUCCUCAUGGAAUUAACAGGGGGUUUUAGACAAAAUGUUUUCUCUGAGAAGUUGAGCAACCACACCCGUAAAUGCAAUCAAGGCAAGUGUCAGGACAGUUAAAUAUGUUGGAGUUUGUCAUUGUUUUCCAAAGUGCCAACAAAGGAAGCUGCCCACUCCAGUUACAGAGCAGAGUGCAGAGUUUUGUUGCCACAGUUAUCUAAGGAACACACAUGGAGACUGUUGUACAAUCUAAACUAAUAGGUUUAUUGGUGAAGUGCAUUUAGGAUAGGAAAGACCUAGCCCUGUCUAAAGGCUACAUAAUGGAUAGGUGGAGAGAGAGAUGUUUCCAUCUACUCUCUAAGAGGAAAGGAAGAGGACUGACUCUCUAAAGGCAGUACCUGAAGAGUCAAGGCAGGAGUCAUCGAGUAGAGAUAAAGCAGGGACAGGUAUGGAGACCCUCACUAACUACCAAUGCCCCUAGUGGUCUUUAGGAUAGUUGGUCCAAAAGGUCAAUGCACUGAAACUCCAUGUCCAACAAAAUACAUUUGGCAAACUAGAGUUUUUUUUGUCUGGUCAGCCAAUGUCUGGACUGUAAGAUUCCUAAUUUAUCUAUUUUGUUUCUCCACUUUUCCUGCUUUUGCAGCCCUUGCUAGAAUCCCCCCAAAAGGGGGGGCUAUGAAUAGUCUUAGACAAACAUGUGAGUCUCUUAACAUGGGAGAUUGAUAAGAACAGCCUUGCUGGGCUAGAUCAGGCCCAAGGCCCAUCUAGUCCAGCAUCCUGUUUCUCACACUGGCCCACUAGAUGCCUCUGGGAAGCCCACAGGCAAGAGAUGAAGGCAUGCCCUCUCUCUGCUGUUGCUCCCCUGCAACUAGUAUUCAGAAGUCUGCCUUCUACUGCCCUGAAAUCUGCUUGUCUGAGCAUCUGCUGUGUGCUCAAACCCCUUCCCCAUUAAGCGGAAUCACGGGACUUCUAAGUCAUUUUCUUUAAAUUGGAACCUUGGACAGAGGAGUCCAGAACAGGAGGGCCGAAAUAACUAUUCUUGAAUGACCCUUGUGUGGGCUUCUUGUGGGAAGACCUGCAUCCCACCGCCCAGAGCCUUUGGAUGGAGAGGCAUAGAAAUGUAAUAAAGAAAUAAGACUGCCCUAGACACGCUUGGAAUUUAAGAGUCCCUGGAUCACUCUCAGUGUAGGCUUGUGGUGGGCUUAAAUCCCUGUGCCUGAAAGCACUAAAAAUGACUUUAGUGCUGAAUAAGUGGAACUUGAAACAGAACCCCUGAGGCUGGGUCAUUUUUUGGUGUGGGCUUGUGAUGGGCUGACCCCUGCACUUGGCUACCUUGGGAAACCCAGUCUCUCCUUUGGCUGGCUGCUGCGAUGCUGAGUGUCUUAACCCUUGGAAUUUGGUGUCAAGCCAGCACAUGGGACUUGUCUCAAAUGGAGUACACAUGAAUAAUUUAGUCUGGAUGUAAGUCAGUGAUUGGAGUAGGCUGUCUCAUAAUUGUAACAUGUAAGUGUGUGUGUGUGUACACAACUAUUUCUUUUAUACUACUUUUCAAAUCUUCUCAAAGUGGUGUACAUAAUAAAUAAAAGACCUCACAAUCAAAAUACAUACACAUACUUGCAUGCAUGCACACACACACACUCGCUCUGUGCGGGACCUGAACUGAAGUUUUGCAACAGAAGAGUUAUCCUUGUUUUAAAAGGUUUGCAAGAGCAUUUUGACAUGUUGCUUUGUCAUUCACAGGACUGUAGUUUGCUCUGUAAUUGGAGGGCAACUGUGUCCACAGCCCUGUUACGUGACCCAAGAGCCGAAAACAGGGUUGCUGGCACCCAGGAACUUGGAACAUAUAGAAGGCUAAUGCUAAAGAAUCUGAACUAUUGUUUUUUCAGUCAUGAAUGGGUUCAUAUAGCAGCUGUUUCCACCGUCUGGGAUCAAAAUCCAGAUUUGCCCUUUUACUAAAGAUCUCCUCCAGAGGGGUGGUGGUGCUAGUUUCUUUCUUUUUUUUAGAACCUCCAACACCAUCAAGCCCAGCUCUUUUGACUCUUGUCCCAGAAGUCACCUUAUCUUUGACUGCUGGUGGAACACAGUCAAGGUGACACAUUGGUGACAGCCCCUGCUGUUAGAAAUAGCUGCUGUAUUUACUUUCUACGGCAGCUUUAAUAGUAGGCAAACUCCAUGGGAAAGCACUUGUCUGAGAAGCACCGCCCUGUCUUUUUAUCCCAUAUGGCUAGAGAACUUUGUAUCUAAAUGUGUAUCACAACUGAUGGAUCCCUGGCCUGGUCUACACAUCCAGCAGAAUGAGGUAACAGACUCUUGAGUCGGUAGAGUGGACUAAGCUGUCUCUGAUUGCAGGAGGAGGAUGCUAUUUGUUUUUAAUUGCUCUCCCAUGUGCUAAGUUUCUGCAGUAAAUGAACGAAUGCAUGGAUCAGGGAGAAAGGCUUGAUCCCAGACCACCGCCCUUCUGUGCUAGUUUUCUAAUUGCAGAGGGCUUUUUGUUUGUUUGUUUACAGUAGGCAGUAUGGAAAAAAUGUGACUCCUACAUGUAGUUUGAAGUAACAGUCCACUCUACCACCUUCUUCUGCUGCAGGUAGAGACCAGAGACUUCUGUGUCCUCAGAGAUGUGUUACUGUCCACAUCAGUUAUACCACCAUAGUCUGUGUGUAUAUAAGCAUCCACCGGCGCCAACCCACAAAUAUCUGAGUUUCAGGGUCCGUACGUAUUACCAAAGUUUUGAGCACCUUUUCUUUUCGAAAUAAGCCUACAGUGAUUGCGUGUAUACUGUGUGAGCGCCCCCUGGGUGAUGCGUGUGCACCCGAAAAUAUGCUGCGCACGGGCGCGUCUCAGGUCUGGCCAAAGCUUUUGCUAGGGGCAAACAACGCCCUGAGCGUCCCGCCGCGUUCUUCUUUCGCUCUCGCUUCCAGGAGGGACCCCUGCUUGCUGGCCGGCUUGCUCCCUCCCUCCCUCCCUCCUCUGGGGCGGGGAAGCAGGCAGCAGGGGGCGGCGCCAGAAGGCACCCCUGGCCGCCUUAGGUGUGUAAGCCCGGCAGCAGUGGUUGCAACUUGCUUGUCCUCUCGGGGCCACCACCGGCCCCCAGCCAGCUGGCACUUCUUCUGGGCUCUCCGCGCCAUCAUGCUACCUCGCCAGCCUGCCCGCCUCCUGUUUUCCCUGCUCCUCCUCCUCCUCCUCUUGGGCUGCGGGGCUGCACAGGAGGAGGAAGAAGUGGACGAGAGCAAAAGCGAAACUCCGCUCCGGACGUUGCAGCUGGAGACCCUGGUAGCGGCUCCCGACGGCUGCACGGAGCACUCGGCGGUGGGCGACACGCUUCAAAUCCACUACACGGGUACCCUUGAGAAUGGCCGCAUCAUCGACACCUCACUUUCCCGUGACCCACUGCAAGUGGAAUUGGGCAAAAGACAAGUCAUCCCAGGCUUGGAACAGGGUCUGUUGGACAUGUGUGUGGGAGAGAAACGAAAAGUCAUCAUCCCCCCUCACCUGGCGUAUGGCAAAAGAGGCUCCCCACCUUCCAUUCCAGAAGCGCUCCAGUCCCACGUAGUCCUGCAUCAUCUAGAGGACAUGGAGAAUGCAGAUGUCUGGGCUGGCUGUAAAAAACUGUGGAAAUGGGCAGGAAUUUGCCCAGAUUGGAUGCCUGCUUGGAGCUGGAGCUGUAUUGUGUGACACACAAACACACACACCCCUCCUGUGCAGACUCUAAAUAAAAAGACUUGUACUGA